AUGAAGGUCAUUAGUACUGUUGCGCUUCUGGCACCAUUUUGGGCCCCUGCAGUUCACGCUGGUCUACCAGGUGCUUCCUACCCGCCUCCUCGAGAUAUCAGCAGCAACUCCAGCUCAGUCGCCGCUAGUUGGAAGAAUGUCACCCAAACUCUGGAGCACACUUUGGCUGGCGCAGGGCUAGGCCCGGUAGCAUCUUCCUUGCUAAAAAAUUCCACAUUCUCUAUGGGCUUGUUUUCUUUGUACGACAAGGACGCCUCUUUCUUGCAGUACCACCACAUAUCUCCAUCUACUCUCAAUGGAACCUUCGGAACCGCACAUGUCGACUCCGAUACGAUUUACCGCAUUGCAAGUGUUUCAAAAUUGAUCACUACCUACGCUGGCAUGGUCGAGUUAGAAGACAACGAUUGGAACAUUCCCUUGACAAAGAUCUACCCGUCGCUUCAGAAAUUCAUCCAGACGACUACCUCAGAUCUUGAUGCAGUCAAAAACAUUUCAUGGGACAAAAUAACUGUCGGAGACAUUGCGGCUCAUAUUGGUGGUAUCCCACGCCUGGGUCUACCAGUUUCCUCGGAUAUUGCCUUACUGGGGACUGCUGAUCCCUCCACCUUGAAAACUUGGGGCCUGCCAACUCCUAACGUGACUGAGUUUAUGGAGCAGUACCCCUGCCUCAAAAAAUUACAACUUGGAACAGAUACAGAGUGUGGUAUACAAGACUAUGUUCAGGGCAUCGCUUCCAACCCACCGAGAUAUCUGCCUGGAAACAGUCCUCUCUACUCUGACAGUGGUUUCUUUCUCCUUGGGGGAGCGCUAUCUAAUAUUACUGGUAAACCCAUGGACGACUUGUACCAAGAUGCUCUAUUUAAACCCCUCGGCCUCAAGAAUACUUUAUCCAACCCGCCUACGAAGCCUGAGCUCCUGAAUCGAACAGUGAUUGCCUCGACACUUGAAACUGACUUGAUCAACGUACCCAUUACUACACCCUCUGGUGGUAUCUACUCGACUAUUAAUGAUUUGUCCAAAGUUGGAAUCAGUAUCCUGAACUCAACGCUUUUACCAGUCGAUCGGACCAAUCGCUGGCUUCAACCUGUUUCUUUUACGGGAGAUCUCCACUACGCCCUAGGCCGACCAUGGGAGAUCUAUCGAUAUGUCCACCUAGACAACAAUGUGGUAACGAACAUAUACACCAAGCUAGGAGACUCCGGAAGCUAUGCCAGCCUGCUAGUGGUCAUCCCCGACUUUGAUUUUGGCUUCACUAUCCUGGGUGCUAGUUCGCUUGGGGUACAAACUCAAGCCAUUCAGCUUAUUGCAGAUCAGCUCACGAACUCGAUCAUACCGGCAUUAAUGGACCAGGCUCGUCAUGAGGCUUUCAAAAAUCUGGCGGGUACCUACACACCCAAAGGAAAAGCACUGAAUACUAGUGUGACAUUGACUAUUCCCUCGUCCGCAAAGUCGGCCCCUGGCCUCGUUAUCUCAAAGUGGGUUAGCAACAGCACAGAUGUUAUCGAUCAGUUGGCCAAGACCUUGGUGCAUCUGGUUCCUCACAUUCCACAGAGACCAGCAAAUAGUAACAUGGUCAGAAUCGUCCCAACUAUCCGAGACAUUGCAUCGUCGGGUCAGAUUGCUUUUCAAAUGGAGACAGUUGAUCCCACGGGUCCUGUUUCAGGCCACAUGUUCUCCGAGAUGUACAAUGUGGGCUCAUGGGCCAGCACCAUUGAUCAGUUAACAUACCAUGACAUUCCGAUUAAUGAGUUUGUGUUCUCUGUGAACAAGAAUACAGGGAAAGCAUUGUCCCUCUCCUUGCCCGCAUAUGAGAUCGAGUUGGAAAGGAAUUUAGAAGCAUGA